AUGUCCAACAUAACGUCGUUCAGGCGAUCGCAAACCGACAUUGGGGCCUCCGCUGGAAGUCCGAUGCGACAUGACUCUACAGCCUCGACAGCCUCAACCACAUAUUCUGUCUUCUCGAACGAAGCACCUCCCAGCCGAAGUAGCACUAUUUCUUCAAAUGCAUCGUCCCUCGGGGGGUUUGGCCACAGACGUGGCAGAAGCGAAUUAAAUACUUUCGUGCCCAUGUCAACAAUGCCUGAGAAAAGUUCCACCGCUGCAGAAACAUAUGGAAGUAUUCGUCGCUCCUUGCGACCACUCCCGCAAGCACCGAAUUCCUCCCCGAAAACGUCGCAGAAAGAUGCAGUCACCCGUCAUGCUAGAAGCUAUACUAUCGACGAGACGGCAUACCGAAAGUCUGUAUCCCCAGCCGGUACACCAGAACGCAGGAUCAGAUGGCAAGAAAAUGAGGUAUCCGACUAUGCCACCCCCCCUCGUCCGAAAUCUCAGCAUUCGCAAAGCCACAACAGUCCCCAUCCGCCAGCGCUUACCACGGCUUUCACUGCGCCGGAGCUCGAAACUUUCCAAAAGUCAUCGACUGGCCAUCUUCGCACCCUCUCCAAGUUUGCAAAGUCUGGAGAAACCGAGGAAUUUGUAAUCGAUUCUACUUUGCCGUCUGUUGUCGGUCUUCAUGGCAGAAGGCGCUUGAAACGAUCAGACUCUAUCCGAGGACCGACUCACCAGAAAAGUAAAAGCAUGUCUGCGUCGUCGUGGGCUGCAGGAAAUUGGAUGGACAAGCAACGACAAUUCCUUCAGGCUUAUGAAUAUCUCUGCCAUAUUGGAGAAGCCAAAGAAUGGAUUGAGGACAUCAUAAAAAAGGAAAUCCCUCCCAUCGUCCAGUUGGAGGAAGCUUUGCGCGAUGGCGUGACUCUGGCUGAAAUUGUUCAAGCCUUAUAUCCCAACCGAAUCUUGCGCAUCUUUCGAAAUCCAAAACUUCAAUAUCGUCACUCAGACAAUAUUGCCCUCUUUAACCAGUUCUUGGAUGAGAUGGCUUUGCCCGACAUUUUUCGGUUUGAACUGAUCGACUUAUACGAGAAGAAGAAUAUCCCUAAGGUGAUACACUGUAUCCACGCCCUUUCAUGGUUGUUAUUCAAGAACGGAAUAGUCGACUUCCGUAUAGGUAAUUUGGUUGGUCAGCUAGAAUUCGAACACCACGAACUUGAACAAACACAAAAGGGUCUAGAUAAGGCUGGUGUCAGCAUGCCCAGCUUUUCUGGAAUGGGGGCUACGUUUGGUGCUGAGCCAGAACCAGAACCAGAGCCAGAACCCCCUGAAACCGAUGAGCAACGCAUCGAACGCGAGUUGCAUGAAAACGAGGACAGUAUUUCUGAUCUACAAACGCAAAUACGAGGCGCCAUCUUGCGCAUCCAACUAGGUAAUGUCAUGAAUCAGCUAUGGGACAACGAACAUUGGAUUCUCGAUCUUCAAUCCAGGAUACGAGGCGACUGGGCACGCCAGAUUAUUGGCUACCGACUGAGCAUGCGCCAAUUCGCAGUUGGUCUUCAAGCUAUCUCUCGCGGCUUUAUAGUGCGAUCACAAAGACAAAGAAAUGAGGAUUGGUGGAGAGGCAAGGAGAAGGACGUCUUGAAACUCCAAAAUCUAGUCAGGGGUCGGAAAGCAAGAGCCCAGGUCGACCACUUGAAGACUCGGAUACGAAAAGAGGAGUCUGGAAUCAAGAGCUUCCAAGCAGCAAUCAGAGGAGCACUGCAGCGAAAACAGGCACUCGACCAAGUUGAACAAACCAAGGGCGCAGAAGUAGAAGUACUGUCUCUUCAAGCGGCUACCCGUGGCAUGCAAUGCCGUUCUAUCCUGAGCAAAAAUACUGCCCAGCUCGAAGCUCAAGUUCCGUCUAUUGUCCUUGUUCAAUCUGCCGCUCGUGCUUUGGCGGAAAGAGCCCGUUUAGCGACUUUGCAGAAGAGAUUGGAGGGUUUGGGUGAUCAUUGGUGUGCUUUGCAGUCUUCUGUUCGGGGUGGAAAAGCGCGCAAACAACUUCAAACCCUUCGUGACCAGCUUUCUGAACAGCAAGAAUCGGUCGUACUCUUUCAGAGCAUUGUUCGUGCAAGUCUCACUCGCUCAAAAAUUGAGGAGCAGAAGAGUCAGCUGGGACAAUCGGAAGCUCAAGUCGUGCUUCUACAAUCUUGCAUCCGUGGCAUGCUGUCAAGAGAGCUAGUCAGCGAAGAUCUUCAAGCUCUCGAACAGAACGAACCAAUGGUGAUCGCCCUUCAAUCUCUUUCUCGAGCUGCAAUGGUCAGGAAAGACGUUGGCAAGCUUCUUUAUGAUCUUGAAGGUUGUGAAGACGAGGUAGCCCAGCUACAAGCUCUCGCUAGGGCUAUGCUUGUUCGAGUCGACGUUGGAGAUUUGUUGUCUGAUCUAGAAAAUGAAGAAGAUAUGAUUGUUAAUCUUCAAUCAUGCAUCCGAGCAACCUUUGUGCGGCGAAGUUUUGCCGAAAAACAACGUUUCUUCCGACAAAAUAUGGAAAAAGUUAUCAAAGUACAAAGUUUUGUCAGAGGCAAAAUACAAGGACAGGCAUACAAGAGCCUCACAAGUGGGAAAAACCCCCCGGUUGGAACUAUUAAAGGCUUUGUGCAUCUCCUUAAUGACAGCGACUUUGACUUUGAUCAAGAGAUCGAAUUUGAGCGUCUCCGGAAAACUGUCGUUCAGCAAGUGCGACAAAACGAAAUGGCUGAUCAGUAUGUCACACAACUAGACAUCAAGAUUGCAUUAUUGGUCAAGAACAAGAUUACCCUCGACGAAGUUGUGAAGCAUCAAAAGCAUUUCGGCGGACACUUCGGAUCCUUAAUAUCGAAUUCUAAUAUGUCCUCGAAAGACCCUUUUGACCUCAAAGCUCUCAACAAGAAUUCAAGGAAAAAAUUAGAGCAGUAUCAAGUACUGUUUUUUAUUCUUCAAACUCAACCGCAGUAUCUCGCCAGGCUGUUCCGCAAGCUCCGAGAACAAAACACCGGCGAAAAGGAGUACGAGAGGACGAAGCAUUUGAUUAUGGGGUUGUUCGGGUAUUCUCAGAAACGACGUGAAGAGUAUUAUCUCAUCAAAUUGCUUGUGAAGUCUAUCAAGGAGGAAAUCCAAAGCUGCCCCUCCCUGCAAGACUGGGCUCGGUGCAACUCUUUCUGGAUCAAACUUUUCAUGGCUUACGUCAAGUCACCAAGGGAUCGAAAAUUCUUGCGCGAGGUUCUGAACCCCCUUGUCAAAGAAUGGGUUAUCGAAAACGCAGAACUCGAUCUUGAAAGUGACCCAGUGCAGAUUUACCGCUCGGCUGUUAGCAACGAAGAACUUCGUACUGGGCAGAGAAGCAGGCGUCCUCUUGACGUACCGACAGAGGCAGCUAUCCGAGAUCCAGAAACACGAGCCAUCUUCAUUCAGCAUUUGCAAGAUCUUCGCGACAUUACAGACCAGUUUUUGGCUAAAUUCCAGGAAGCGCUUCUGAGAAUGCCGUUUGGAAUCCGUUACAUUGCCAAAGAAUUAUACGAAUGUCUCCUUGCUCAAUACGGACACGAGGAUCCUGGCUUCAUCCUUCAAGUAGCUGGUCAAUGUAUUUGGAAGAACUAUUUCCAAUCCGCGGUACUUGAACCCGAGAAGCACGGCGUGAUCGACCGUGGAUUGAACCCCAAACACAAGAAGAACCUGGGUGAAAUCUCAAAGGUGCUAUCCCAAGUAGCAUCAGGACGAUUAUUUGGCAACGAAAAUGUCUACUUGCAGCCUCUCAAUAAACACGUGGGAGAUUCAAUAUUGCGCCUUGGGGAGAUCUGGGCCAAUAUGAUAUCGGUACAAGACGCAGAAUCUUAUUUCGACAUUGAUGAAUUCAACGACCUUUAUGCCAAGACCAAACCGACAUUGUAUAUCAAAAUGUCCGACAUCUUCUCAAUCCACCAACUUGUUGCAUCCGAUAUCGACUUUCUCUGCACGAAUCGGGACGACUUCUUCAAGGAAAUCAUUCGAGAACUGGGCAAUGUCAAGUCUAACCAGCAUGAGCUAAUGACAGUCAGCACAUCGGAGAUCAGCCUGACGUUACACCCAAGACUUACGAAUACCGAAGAUCCUGAGGCUGGUAUCAAAACUCUCUUCAUGGAGACUAAGCGAUGCAUUCUCUAUAUAAUUAGAGUGCAGUCUGGCGCAAAUCUCAUGGAAGUCAUGCUUAAACCUCCCACGGAAGAGGACGAGCAACGAUGGAAGUGUCUUGUCCACGACGAGCUCACUACAAGCAAUCAAAGAAAGGGAGCCUACUCAGAGGCAAACACGGUCCUUGAUCUUAGUGUUCUGAGCUACGCCGAUUUGAAGAGGGUUGCACUUGAAAAUAUCCUGCAACUAGAGAGCUACGGAAAGAUCGGCCGUCACAAUCAAUACCAAGACAUUCUGAAUGCAAUUGCCGUGGACAUCCGGACCAAGCAUCGACGCAGGAUUCAACGCGAGCGAGAACUCGAUAGCGCUCGGAUGACGUCGUCCAGGUUGAACGACCAAGCCGUCUAUCUCGAACAACAACUCAAGACCUACAACGACUACAUCGAGCAGGCCAUGAUUACACUUCAGAACAAGAAAGGCAAGAAGAGGUUCCUGCUGCCAUUUACCAAACAAUGGGAUCACGAACGUGAGCUCCAGAAAACGGGACGAGUUUUCAAGUUUGGGUCAUACAAAUACUCAGCACGCAACCUUGCAGACAAAGGGGUUCUCGUUCACUGGAAAGGCUAUAUGGAGCGCCAAUGGGAUCGCGUCGAUCUCACAAUAUCUAGUAACGAAGUCGGCGUGUUUACCUUGGAUGGUAGUAGUGGCAACAUGAUGAUUCCCGGAGCGAAUGCCCAGGUACCACUGGAUGAUCUACUCCAAGCGCAAUUCAACAGCACUCAAUUCCUGGACUUUUUCGAGGGCUGCCUCCGUGUGAACGUGAACUUGUUCUUGCAUUUGAUCAUGAAGAAGUUUUAUAACGAGUAA